AUGGCCGGAGAUGGCGGCGCUCUGAAGGAUAUCAAUGAGAUUAAAUCCCAGUUCCGGACCAGAGAGGGUUUCUACAAGCUGCUCACCCUCUCGGACUCGCAGCAGCGGGGCGGGCUGCCGCGGGGUCCGUCCGCCGGAGCCACGCUGGGCCCCGGGCCUGGACCCGGUCCGAUACCCGGCGGAGGGGUCGGGCUGCUGCAGGGGCCCGGGGCUGCCGCCGCAGCUGCUGCCGCCGCCGCCGCCUCCUCUUCUUCGAAUGCCGCAGCCAACUCCUCUCCGGCGGGCUUUCUCCCGCCGGUCCGGGUCUCUAUGGUCAAGCUGCAGCCCGAAGACCCGGGCGAGGAGUCAGAACGGGUGUGCUUCAACAUCGGCAGGGAGCUGUAUUUUUACACAUACACCAACAUCAAGAAGGCUGUAGACCUCAGUAAGCCAAUAGACAAGAGAAUCUACAAGGGGACUCAGCCAACGUGUCACGACUUCAACCAGUACUCUGCCACAGCAGAGAGUGUAGCUCUCAUCGUGGGUUUCUCAGCUGGACAAGUCCAGUAUCUCGACCCCAUCAAGAAGGAAACCAGUAAACUCUUCAAUGAGGAGAGGUUGAUAGACAAAUCCAAGGUGACGUGUCUAAAAUGGCUUCCCAAGUCGGAGAACCUGUUCCUGGCCUCCCAUGCCAGUGGCCACCUCUACCUCUACAACGUGGACCACCCCUGCGGCACCACGGCCCCACAGUACUCUCUGCUGCGGCAGGGUGAAGGCUUUGCUGUCUACGCUUGCAAAACCAAGACGCCUCGCAACCCGCUGCUGAGAUGGGCCGUGGGUGAGGGAGGACUCAACGAGUUUGCUUUCUCCCCGGAUGGCGUGCAUGUGGCGUGUGUGGGGCAGGACGGCUGCCUGCGCGUCUUCCACUUUGACUCGAUGGAGCUGCAGGGGGUGAUGAAGAGCUACUUUGGCGGACUGCUGUGCGUAUCAUGGAGCCCUGAUGGGAAAUACCUCGCCACAGGCGGAGAGGACGACCUGGUUACUGUCUGGUCAUUUGCAGAAAGCAGAGUGGUGGCGAGGGGGCACGGCCACAAGUCCUGGGUCAAUGUGGUGGCAUUUGACCCGUUCACAACCUCCCUGGAAGAUGAUGAGCCUAUGGAGCUUAGCGGCAGCGAGGAGGACCUCCACCAGGGGGCGCAAAACAACUCCAUGCACUUCGGCCGGGUUCGAACAAGCAGCACGUUGUCGCGUCUUUCUCGACACAGCUCUAAAGGUGGCGGUUCGGCAUCGGUCACGUACCGGUUUGGCUCGGUGGGGCAGGACACUCAGUUCUGUCUGUGGGACCUGACGGAUGACGUGUUGUACCCGCGCCUGCCGCUGUCCCGCGCCUUUACUAACACUUUUGGUCCCUCACUAGCCAACUCUGGCAGCGGGGGGGUCAACAGCACCUCAGGAGUGGGAGGAAGUGGAGGGGUUGAGGGGCACCAUCACCCACCCAACACCAACACCGGCACCUCCAACCCACCAACACUCCCCUUACCGCUCCCUCGCUCCCUCUCACGCUCCAACUCUCUGCCCCACCCCGCCGUGGCAAACACCUCCAAGAGCCAGGGUGCCUCAGAGGGCGGCGGGGGAGGCGGAGGAGGCGGAGGGAGCAGCGGCGGAGGAAACAGCACCCCAUUCAGCAUCGGCCGCUUUGCCACGCUGUCGCUCCAGGAGCGCAAGUCGGACAAGUCCGGAGGCAGUGGUGGGGUGGAGAAGGAGCACAAGCGGUACCACAGCCUGGGCAACAUCAGCAAAAGCAACGACAAGAUCAACGUGGCGCCGAGGAGCAACCGGCUGGACGCUGCUAAGGUCCUGGGCACCACUCUGUGCCCACGCAUGCAUGAGGUGCCGCUGCUGGAGCCGCUGGUGUGCAAGAAGAUUGCACACGAGAGGCUGACCGUCCUGGUGUUCAUGGACGACUGCAUCAUCACGGCCUGCCAAGAGGGUCUCAUCUGCACCUGGGCACGGCCGGGGAAGGCGAACUUGACAGCACAGAACGGGAACUCUCCGAGUGGCACAGUAGUAUAGCUGGAGGAGAAGCUUUGCACUCAUCCCUUCCUCCAUCUCCUCCCCUGUUCUUCAUCCUCCUCUCCCUAUCUGUCAUCCUCCCCAUUGAUUCUCAAAAAUAUCACAUCGUACCCAACCUACAACUGCAGUAUUAUACCUUCACUAUAACUCUCUAUACAUGCUCUGACCCAAAACCUGUUCCCCAUUGAUUUUACUCUCACGGCGGCCAAGGUUUCCAGGGAAACACUUCUGAAACUAACAUUACUUCAACAGAUUUCUGAAGCUCUCAAUUAAGACUUAAUAGUUAAAAAGUUAGCUGGCAAUUCGAGAACAAUUACAAAUACUUGAAUAUAGCAAAGAUGCUAGCUAGCGCAUAAGCUAGUAAGCCAUUAGUUUUGCUCAGACAAGGUUCUAGUAGCUACCAACAGUGGACCAUAUAUACAACAUGGCCGAAAGUACGUGGACACCUCUUUGGUCUGGAGCUGUUUUUCACAGUUUGGUGUGUAAACUCUUGACUGUCCCAUCCAACACCUCUGAGAUGAACUGGGAGUGAGCAGACUGUGAACCAGAUGUUAUCACCCGACAUCAGUGUUGGACCUCACUAAUGCUCUUGAAUGUGAGCAAAUCCCUGCAGCCAGGUACCAAAGUCCUAGCCUUUCCAGAAGAGUGGAGGCUGUUCCAGCAGCAGAUUAAAGCCUGUGGUUGAUGUUCAGCAAUCACAUAUGGGUGAUGUCCUGCUCACUCCCGUCCACAUACUUUUGGCCAUAUAAUAUACUUAAAACUUGAACCGUGAUUCUUAUCUGUCCUACAGCAGCAACAGUAAUAAUAUUUUUAGUACUUUGUUCAAAAUUCAAAUGUUAUGACUUAGUCGCUCUUAUUAACAAAAUUUAGAUCCACAGCAGCUCUACCUUGCCAUUUAUAAAAUGUUGUUUUCAUCUCCCAAAAACCGGAAACAAAUAUUUUGAGCAUGCUGUAACCUCAGAUUUAUAGGGCAGCAUUUAUUCCUUUACAUUUGUGGUAAGAAAUUUGAAAAGCUAAACGUUGAUGGGUUGUCAGUGGGAAGUAAGCGCUACACUGUACUUGGUCUUCAGGAAGAGUUUCCCAUCUCAUGCCACCAUGGGAAUAAAGUUUAUUUAAUAAAGUUUAUUCCCGGUGCUUCAGCCCGUCUGCUUUCACCUCACCCCUCCAUGUUUUACUGCAGAAAGACUGCAUCAAACAAAUCAGUUUUCCUCUCUGUGUGUUACCCUGAGGCAACGAGGAGCGAACGGCAGGCCAGGCUCAGUCUGCAUUUGUUCUUCAGCCCACCUUCAUCCAAACCCUCCCCUCUCCCCUUCAUGUAAAAGACACUGCAAAAGCCACGGCCAUUGUAUUUAAGUUAUUUAUUUUAUCACAAGACUGUGUAGUAAUUUAUACUGUAAAUACUGAAAAUACUCUAUAAAUAGAAAAAGGACAAACGUGUAUGGAAAUAAUGACUUGACAGCAAGGAAGCGAAGAAAAAGCAGGAAAGAUGAAGAAUAUUAAUAUAUGAAGAUCCUUCUAUUGUACAUAGCAACCACAGUUAAAAAUUGAAUGUCUGCUGUUUUAGGGAACUUGAAGAUGUCAAUGUGUUUUUAUUUCGUGUGAUAGAGUUUCUCCAGUUUGUCCCUGAAAGUGAGCUGGGUUUAAUCCGUCAGCGGAGGCGGAAGCAUUUCGGGUCCAGUAUGACUUUUCAGAAAGACCGACCCGGGUCGAGCACAGAGAGCAAUCUUCAAAGGGGCUGCUGGCUGUACAUUUCAGCUGCCUGUCCGAGUUAGUAGGUCCAAAUAAUACAAACAGCAACAAAAAUAACCUGCUCACGAACAAACACACACCGUUGCACAUUCCAAACGUAACACACACACACAUACAUACAUACACACACCAACACACACACACACCCAAUCCCCUUAUGGUGUAGCAUCAUAUAUACUGUGUCUUGGACUCCAUUCCUGUUGCACCUGAAUUGCCUCUUGCAAGAAUUUGCACAUACAAUAAAUCCACAGUCCAUCCUGAGUUGCCAUGGCUGACAUUAGAGGGUGUUAUUGUCUUGUUUGAUCUGAUCUCUGUGCAGAAACAGCUCCCAUAACCCACCAUUUACUGGAUACAGAGGAUCUAAUAGGUGUGCAUCUUGAGAGGAAACGGCGCUAUGUCCAGAUAAGAUUACAGUUACAUUUGUUUGAAAUCAGAAAUUGCCUCUGCAGGGGUUGGGUAUCAUUUAGACUGAUUCUAACUCUGGUGCUUAUUAACUCUUUGUUCAGAUUCCUGGCACAUCAUUUGACCAGAUAUGGUCUGUCUGCCAUAAACCUGCCAGAAGGUAUUUGGUGAUUAUUUUUGGUUAAAAGGUCAAAUGAAAAAAAAAGAAAACCUUCUCAUAUUGGCACGCACAAGUUCAGUGUUUGCAGUUUUACCUUUGUUUAACUGGAAAUACGUGCAAAGAUGAGCUGAUUUUGACGCAUUAUAAAUAUGACAGGGGACAUGGAUGCUGUAUCAUAUUAGACAGACCUCUUCAAAUGAUAACCAGGUUAAAUAUCCAUUUUGCUUUAAACAUCAUUAUCCAGUCUGACUGUGCUCAUGUCACCUGAUUUCUGUUUGGGAGGGGUUGUUAUUUUUGCUCUAACUGACAUACAGUAUCUGUCAAUAGAGAAGCUGCAGUAGCAGCUGCUUGGAGCAGUCAAUGUUUUUUUAUGUCUGUCCCAGUUUAAGAGUUAUAACUGAUGCUAGCAGCAAGGGAUGGCAUCGUCUGUCUGUCCGUUGGUCGGGCAAUUCACCACUUUGGUUGAGACUGAAAAUGAACAACUAUGCCAUGAAUGACUUAAUCCGCUGUGAGAUGGUGCACACCCCUGAGGUGCACACCCCUGUCCACCAUGAUGUAAACAUGAUACUUACUGUAUGUUAUUAGAUCCAAAUGUUUUAAGGAUUUGAUAUGAGGAAUUGGAAAAGGACGUUUAAUAACAAACUAUUAUUAAAUUGUUAUAAAUUUGGAACAGGUUUGAAUUCACAGUCAGUGAGAGUCGGUACCCCACUCGCCCUGGUUGAUAGUCAACACGUCUGCAUGCCAAACUGAUUCUGUCCACUUCUUAACAUUAAACCAGACACAAAGGGCUGCUGAGGUGUUUCUGAACAGGAUCGAUGUCUUUUGUAUUGUUUUUUUGUUUUUACUUUGUUUUGUUUUUUUUCCUUUUGCAUGCCUCUUAUUUUGGGCCAUAACAAACUACUGACUCCUGUCUUACAUGUGUGAUGUCUCAAAGCCAACUGAAGCAGUAUUUUUUUUAUCAGCGUUGUCUUUUUUCUUUUCCUGUGCGUGUGUGUGUGCGUGCGUGUGCAUGCAUGCGUGCGUGUGUGUGUGUGUGUGUGUGUGAUUUAUAGAGUUACCUGUCUGACAAUACAUCCUAUAAAUAGCAGAGCUACUUCCAGGGCUGCAGGAUCCAGGGUUAUGCCCUUGGAGCAACAGACAAACCACCAGUUCCCUUGCGGUGUGUUUGAAACGGUGUAAGGGUAUUGUUGCAGCCCAUAUACUCACUUUUGUUGUCAUAGCAACAGCAUUUCUUACCGAGUGUAUCUCGAACGCCCUCAUGGGUUUUAGGGUUCAGUCUUGGCUGUAAGGCUAAAUGAAUGCUUCAGAUGUUAAAGGAACAGUUCACCACACGAUGAAAAUGAUCCAUCUCGACCUUCUCCUGAAAUACUGAAGUACAGGCGGACAAAAGUUUGAAUUUCAGGUUGUGCAGCUUAAUCCAAGUAUUUUAUAGCCUCGUUUUUUGGUCCACUGUCUAAUGUUUACUAUUGUUAUACCAUCUAUUUUAAUGCAAGUAUGCAAGACAUAAUCAGGAUGUAUUGUAUUUGAAUAAGGGAACUCACAGUAUACAGCACUGUAGAGGAUUGUCUGUGAGUUUCGGUUUAAUCUUUUUCAGCCAUAAAGCACUUGGCUUCUGCUGCACAAGCUGUUUGAAGGAACUUCAAUGUGACUUUUUAGUCUUCUGACAGAGAGAUGUAAAACUUGUGUGUGAACUUCCAUAGUUUAAGAGAAGACCCGGGUGAAAUACAAGAGACAACUGACUGAGAAGACAGUAACUAAACUCAUUUCUAAUUGUUUUUUAAUAUUUCUUAUUUACGUGCUAAAUUUGUGAGGCCUCUACAAAUUUUCCAAGACACUAAAAAAACAAAAGAGGUGUAUGAAGGAUGAUCGUCCUGCUCCUGAACUGAAGGGCUAAAAUAGAAGUGACUGCAGAUGUGAAGAGAUUGGUUGGCAUCGAUCACUGACCCUUUGCUUGUAUGUUUGUAUUUUGCACUCAAAGAUUAUCAAUCAAACUUUUCAGAAAAAUAAGAGAAAAGUUUUCCCACAGAGUAUAUGUUUUUUGUUUUUUUGUGUACAAUCUCAUAAAAACCUUCCACUAACAUCACUAUUUGACAUUUUGAAGCCAUGACGUUUUUAAGCUAAUGUUAGCGUAGGUUAAUCAUGCAGAGAACAUGACACAAACACACAGGCUGCAGUAGAUGGUAGGAUGAUGAUGAUGAUGAUGAUGAUGAUGAUUACAGUGAAGGCCGAUGUAAAAAGAUGAGUGAGGAUCCUGCUUCAUUAAAUGCUGUCCUUCACGCCAUUUCCAAAAGAAACAAACAAAACAAAUAUUACUUUAACACUCACUAUUGUAAACUGUGUUAAGAGUAUUAGCAAUUUGUCAUCCAAUGAUUUAAGUGACUUUCUGUGAUUUGUAACCACAAUGAGUUUGAACUUAGUCCUGAGAAAGACAUGUUUGGAUCUUUCAGAUGGACUCUGAGCAUUUAGCCUCAUUUUGGAGCAGAUAUAUUUCUGGUUUCCAGAGCUAACUGAGAGGUGAAGUGUAAGUGAAAAAAAAGCUUUGAUCAAAGGAACAGCUGUAGCUCCACACAGCUGACAGCUGCAACCUGAGUAAAUUCAAUAAUUCACCUCUCACCUCUACAAAUCCUUGUGUCCAGGCUGUUGACAAGCAGAAAGUACCAAAAUAACCAGUGCCGUGUCAAGUGAGACAAGAACCUGGGCCAACACAAUGCUGAAAUGCUGAAAAAUAACAGUUGAAUGAACUAAAAACUCUGCCAGUGUUUUCCUCCUAACGCCUUUUUCUGCACAGAAGCAACUCAAGCAUUCAGAACCAAGCGAAUCCCUCCAAACAUGCUCACUUUUUUAUUUGACAUUUCAGUCUGAAGGAAGACAAACAGACACUGUUUAAAGGCCUGUCAUUUUUACAUUGUUUUUCUUAUUUCCCGCUGUGUGUAUGUGUGUGUGCAAAAUGUGUAUGUGUAAAAUAUGCAUUCUCCAUUAUCACCAUACAGUUGCCACAUGCAUGGACCGACACACACACACACACACACACACAGCAUCAGACACGCUUUCACACACUUCAUGCCUGUUCUGGUGGAAGUUAUAACGGCAGAAUGACGUCACUGUAUCUGGUUUGUAUAUGGAGAUCUGUUAUUAAAAUGUUAA